AUGAUGGAGAGCGGGAUCCCCUGUUUUAGCUACAAACAGGGCAGAGACGGAAGCGCGAGCGCGGUUGUGGAGUACUGCGUGGUUUGCUUGGAGAAGUUGGCGGUUGGGGAGAGUUGCAGGCUGCUUCCCAACUGCAGCCACUGCUUUCAUGCUCGGUGUAUAGAUUCCUGGCUUCUCCAGACGCCCGUCUGCCCGAUUUGCCGGGCCGGAGUCGACGUCGUCGCCUCCCCUGUUUCUGGUUCUGAUUCCGGGGAACUAGUCAGCGGCCUUGUUGAGGACGGAUAG